AUGGACGACAAGGAGUUAAUUGAAUACUUCAAGUCUCAGAUGAAAGCAGACCCUGGCGUGGCCUCCGCGGUGGCUGCCAUCCGCACUCUGCUGGAGUUCUUGAAGCGAGAUGAAGGGGAGACCAUCCAGGGCCUGAGAGCCAAUCUCACCAGCGCCAUAGAAACCCUGUGUGGCGUGGACUCCUCCGUGGCGGUGUCCUCUGGAGGGGAGCUCUUCCUCCGCUUCAUCAGCCUGACCUCCCUGGAGUAUUCUGAUUACUCCAAAUGUAAAAAGAUCAUGAUUGAGAGGGGAGAACUGUUCCUCAGGAGAAUAUCGCUGUCGAGAAAUAAAAUCGCAGAUCUGUGCCACACGUUCAUCAAGGACGGGGCAAGGAUAUUAACUCAUGCCUACUCCAGAGUGGUCCUCAGAGUCCUGGAAGCAGCUGUGGAGGCCAAGAAGCGCUUCAGUGUGUACAUUACAGAGUCACAGCCGGAUCUGUCAGGUAAGAAAAUGGCCAAAGCACUCUGCCACCUCAAUGUCCCCGUCACCGUGGUCCUGGAUGCUGCUGUUGGCUACAUCAUGGAAAAAGCAGAUCUUGUCAUAGUUGGUGCCGAAGGAGUUGUUGAAAAUGGAGGAAUUAUUAACAAGAUUGGAACCAACCAGAUGGCUGUGUGCGCCAAAGCACAGAACAAGCCUUUUUAUGUGGUUGCAGAAAGCUUCAAGUUUGUUCGGCUCUUCCCACUAAACCAGCAAGAUGUCCCAGAUAAGUUUAAGUACAAGGCAGAUACGUUGAAGUCUCUGCAAACUGGACAAGACCUCAAGGAGGAGCAUCCGUGGGUUGACUACACCUCCCCAUCCCUGAUCACACUGCUGUUCACAGACCUGGGUGUCCUGACACCCUCGGCAGUCAGCGAUGAGCUCAUCAAGCUCUAUCUGUGACCACGGGCAUCCUGUCUGCCAGCACUCCAUCUCUGUGGUUGGGGCAGGGCGACUAGCCUCUUGACCUCUCCAUGAGCCAGGACAAAACAGA